CGCCGUGCAAUGGUGGGGCAAGCAUAAAGCUCCACCAGCUCUUCCUCCGAAUCCCAAUCCGACUGUAGGCCCCGCUUGCCGCCCACCUCGCCCACCAUGCCUCUCCUCGAUCUGCGCGAACUCGUCCAGUUCGAACCCUCCGCCGACAACACCACCGAGACGAUAAUAAACGGCGUCCGCUUUAAUCUGACUGCGCUCGAACAUUUCAACUACACGCUAUACAGCAAUAAGACAAUCUCCAACAACUCGAAAUGCUACCUCAUCUUCGACAACUUCAGACCACACAUGUUCAGCAAUGGCUCUUGGGUCAACGCAACGACAUGCUACAUUCCAUACUACGGGAUAAGAACGAGGGGCGCGACGAGUAUUGCGUUCGGCGUGCUCUUUGGCGUGAGUAUAAUGUUUACGCUGAUGAAUUUGAGGAAGCAUGGGAGGCUGCAUCUGAGAGAGGAUAAGCGGUUUAGGGUUGUGGGGAGAAGAUGGCAGUGGUAUUGGAUGCUCUUCGUGGCGGCUUGUGGCAUGAUUAGCACGCUGACGGGCGUGGAUGUGGAUCGGUAUUAUUUGCAGCAGAUUCCGAUUAUCCUGCAGGGCUUCUUCUUCAUGUUGAUGAUCCCUGGGGCGUUGGCGAUGGUGUGGGAGGGCACGAGGCAUUGGGGCUCGUGGCAAGAGAGACAAAUUGUCGACGCGGAUCCAUAUGGCAUGCCACAGGACGACAGGCGGGCCAAGGUUGAAUUCUGGCUCCCGUUGGUCUUCUACCUCUUCGCAUGGCUCAACUUCUUCAUGGUCAUUCCUCGAUCGUGGACGCCGAUUCAGAAACAGAAUACCCCGGAACAGAUACAAGACAUGGCUAGGCCCGCAGCGACAAACAUACGAGGAAAGGUGGGAGCGAUAUUCGCAGCCUGCGCAUGGUUCGUCAUCGUCUACUCUCUUCAUCACUCCCUGCGGCACUACAAACCCCGGGAACGGGGCUUUUUCAACAAGAUCAACGCCUUCUGCCGCGAUUGCCCCACCAAACUCUUCAUCAACAUCAUCCUCCUCGCCAUCCGCAUAGCGUACGGCAUCGCCUCCGCCUGGUUCUGGGAUCUCACCAUCCUCAAUGACGACGUGACUGUCGGUUGGCCCUUUGGUCUCGGCUACGGGCCCAUCCUGCUCAUCAUCAUCGUCUUCGAAAUCGCGGGCUUGGUCGACGAGAACGAAGACAAGAUCCUUAUCCAACAGCGCAUCGCACGUGGCCGCAUCCACGACGCCGAGCUGAACAUCACCAAGAAACCUUCCUGGUGGUCCCGCAACAUCGGGGAUAGAUUUGCAAGCGAUGAGUCCAGAUUACGGAAUAUGACGACCGAGGUUGGCGGCGGGAGACCGACAACGCGGAACAUUAGCCAGACGAUUGAGAUGGGAAAUAUGAAUAUUAGGAAUAGGAGCCGGAGCCGGCCGCCUGAGGAUCCGUUUAGAGAUGAGAGUCCACCCGCUGGGAGGGGAGAAGGAAUAGGUGCGUUGAGGGCGCCCCUGGGGCCUAGUAGGUUGAAUAGCGAUGCAGCGAGUACCCGGACUGGGGAUACAGCAUUGACGGGGCAGACGUUGACGCCCCAGGGUACGAAUUUGGAGGCGGUGCCGCAGCAGAGGAUUAGGAGUAUGUUGGAUGUGUAGGAUAUAUGGGGAAGAGCGGGGCGGUAGGGAGAAGAGGUGGGGGAAUGGGUUUCGCAUGUGGGAUCGGUAUGGUACUUUGUUGUACAACAGUAUGCGGCUUGGAAUGUAGAGUGGUGUUUGGAUCGGGUUGGAUGACUGCAUUUAUGGAUACGGUAUGAUAUGACGUUACUUACUUGAAUGAAU